CCGCGUUCCCUUUAAGAGGACUCCUUUUGCCUGCGCCGACCCCUUCGCUUCCGCUCCGCGUUCCCACAAUGCAGUGCGGCUGAGCGCCUCGGAGCCCGCGGGGACGCUGCGGGGGGACCCGUGCUGAAGCGGCGGCGGCGGCGGCGACGUGGGCUGCGGCGGGCCCGCGGCGUCGGGCGGUGCGGAUGUCGGGCUGGGCGGACGAGCGCGGCGGCGAGGGCGACGGGCGCAUCUACGUGGGGAACCUUCCGACCGACGUGCGCGAGAAGGACUUGGAGGACCUGUUCUACAAGUACGGCCGCAUCCGCGAGAUCGAGCUCAAGAACCGGCACGGCCUCGUGCCCUUCGCCUUCGUGCGCUUCGAGGACCCCCGAGAUGCAGAGGAUGCUAUUUAUGGAAGAAAUGGUUAUGAUUAUGGCCAGUGUCGUCUUCGUGUGGAGUUCCCCAGGACUUAUGGAGGUCGGGGUGGGUGGCCCCGUGGUGGGAGGAAUGGGCCUCCUACAAGAAGAUCUGAUUUCCGAGUUCUUGUUUCAGGACUUCCUCCGUCAGGCAGCUGGCAGGACCUGAAGGAUCACAUGCGAGAAGCUGGGGAUGUCUGUUAUGCUGAUGUGCAGAAGGAUGGAGUGGGGAUGGUCGAGUAUCUCAGAAAAGAAGACAUGGAAUAUGCCCUGCGUAAACUGGAUGACACCAAAUUCCGCUCUCAUGAGGGUGAAACUUCCUACAUCCGAGUUUAUCCUGAGAGAAGCACCAGCUAUGGCUACUCACGGUCUCGGUCUGGGUCAAGGGGCCGUGACUCUCCAUACCAAAGCAGGGGUUCCCCACACUACUUCUCUCCUUUCAGGCCCUACUGAGACAGGUGAUGGGAAUUUUUUCUUUAUUUUUUAGGUUAACUGAGCUGCUUUGUGCUCAGAAUCUACAUUCCAGAUUGAGGAUUUAGUGUCUUAGGAAAUUUUUUUAAUUUUUUUUUUUUUUUUUAAAGAAAAAAAAACUACAUAAUUUCUACCAGGGCCAUAUUAGCAGUGAAACAUUUUAAACUGCAGAAAUUGUGGUUUUGGUUCAGAAACAAGUUGUAUAUUUUUCACCCCUGAUUAUGGGAAAAAAAUCAGUUCUGUCUUUGUGGGUUGCUCUACUAUGGAGAUCAACAGUUACUGUGACUGAGUCGGCCCAUUCUGUUUAGAAAUAUAUUUUAAACGUUUAGUAA